AUAACAAAAGCGCAAUAAACUCUUAUAAAUAAGAGUAAAGUAAAAUCCGAUUCAUUGUACAUCCAGCUUUCGCAAUGAAGAUACAGUUCCUAGUUUUCAUUAUUUCAGUGUAUUUGGUGCACUCUAUCAAAGCCUGCAACACGGCUCAGGACCGUCAGACAUGUGCAAGAAUCACUCAACGGUGUAUAGCAACAGCAGCAAAUAGGCCUGUAUUAAACCCAGAAGACAGCUUGGGAGUUUUCAACACUCGAUGCCGAGCGACAGUCGGUGCCACCUGGCGCAAUGUUGUGCAUUGCAAUAUGGUGCGGGCGGUCUGUGAGCUAACCAUUAUAAGAUGCCAAAAAGUCACUUGCCGUACUGUUCAAGCCGUCCUUUAAUGGGAUUCGUGCAAGUAAAAGGUUAUCCGAAAAUACGAUUUUAUAAGCGUCAAGAAUGUUUGAUAUUUUUUAAUUUCGUGUAAUAAAUACAUUUUUUCACUU